AUGAGUAAGAUCCUAUUAGAUAAAUUAAUUGAAGAUUUAGAUCCUCAUUUGAAAUCUUAUAUUGAAAAGGAUCCGAAGAUACGGCAACUGUCUCAAGAUUAUUUACAAAAUCUUUUUGAAAAUGAAAAUUUAAUAUCAACAGAAAUAUUCACCACUACUAAUGAUCUUGAUAGUAAACGAACUAAAACUUUAACUGAGGAAAUUGCUGAAUUAGAUGAAUAUAAAAGAAAUGCUGAUAUAAAAUUAAGUGAUAUCACCAAUGAAAAUAGAGAUUCUAUCGUUGAAAUCAGUGAAAAUUUAAAGAAUAUCAAUCAAACCAUAACAACAGAAAUGAAAGAUAAAGUUGAAUCAAUGAUUAAAGAAAUGGAUAAUUUCCAAUAUGAAAUCAAUAUUAGUGAUCAAUUAACUUCAUCAAUCGAAACCAACACUUCAAUGUUAUCGAAUAUAGACUCAAUUCUUGAUUUACUUGAAUUACCUACAUUAUGUAAGAUAUGUAUCUUACAAGGGAAUUAUCAAGAAUCUUUAGAUAUUUCCAUGUUAGCAAAGACUUUGAUAGCAAAGUUCCCUAAGAUAUCGAUUUUCCAAAAGAUAAAUAAUCAAAUUAAUAAGGAAUUGAAUUUAAUGAUUAAGAAUUUAAUCAAACUUUUGAAUACUAAUCUUAAACAGAAUAAUUUGAUCAAAAUCUUCAAUAUUUUAAAUCAACUUGAUUUGGUAAAUUUAAAUGAUAAUUCAACAUCUAUUGAUUUGAUCAGUAAUAAUCAAAGUAUCGAAAAGACGAGGUUCCUUAAAAUCAUUUACUUGAAUUCUAGAUUUAAAUUCAUCACUAAUGAAAUUUCCAACCUCACACCUUUAAUCAAAUUUAAUAAAUUAAGUUACCUUAAGAGAUUCAUUGAGGUAUUUCGAAGUGAAAUCUAUCAAUCAGUAUCGAUGUUCUAUUCCAUUAUUAAUCAUUCAUUGAAUUUAAUACCUAAUGAAAAUGAAGAUUUAUUACUUUUGAAUCAAUUUGUUAAGAACUUAAGUUAUCUCUUGAUAACUGAAUUGAAAACAUACUUCCCUGAGAUCUUAAGUCAAGAUUUAGAUCAAAUAGAUAUAAAGAAUCAACUAGAUGGAAUUAUCUUACAAAUAAUUUACUUAUGUAAGUCAUUAUCCAAGUAUAAUUUGAAUUUCGAGAAUAUCAUUACAUGGGAAUUGAUAUAUAAGCAUGAGGUCAUUAAAGAAGGUGAUUGGUUAGGGAACUUAUCAAAAGUAAAGAAUUUCCAUUGA